ACUCCCAGUGAUCAUGCUCGGCGCCGCUCUGCUCCAGCUUCUUGGUAGUCCUCUUGAGCACCGCAGACGGUUUCUUGUGCCAGUGCAGCUGCUCGGCCUGGUGACCCCAGAAGCUCUCGGGGUCGGUGAGCGAGUGGUGCUGCACCUGGUCCUGGGGAUGGUCGCGGUCUGCCAUAUUUGCUCAGGGACAGGCAGAGCCACGCGAAUAUUGAAUAGGUAUUCAGCUUUAGAGUCACUUAUAGAACGAGUUCAGUCAUCAAUACUGUCUGCGUCGUCGUCCGUCUCGAAUCAUUAAUGUCCUUGCCGUAUGGCCGGCCGUCCAGCAUCGACAUGGCAUGAUGUUGGUGCGCCUCGGCGACGGUUACCUAUACGACCGACCUUCGCCCCGCAUUCCCUUACCCCGACCGACGGCUCUCGGCUGGCUGGGCGUCCGGAGACUCAGCGCGGGGAAAUCCCAUUGGCCCGUCCCCUGUUCUUCUUUAUUGCCGAACACCCAUGGCAGCGUCCGAGAACUCGCAGGCGGCAUGACCCAAGCCAUAAAGAACCUAGAGAUAUCCUUACAUACCCAGAAAGGAAUCUAGACGUGGUUUCAAGUCGGGAACUGCCAAGAGCGGCUCGCCUCUUUCGAUGCCAAGUACUUCAAUGGUGGUUCCUUUGGUCCGACGUUGACGGCUCACUCACACAUCACGGUCGUCUUGAGCGAAAGCGAACGGUUAGGAUGGAGCCGAAACGUUUCCGCCCCGCCCUUUUAUUAUUUAUAUAUAUCGUAAAGAGAAGGAGUGUCAAGAACAAAUACGGAGUAACGGCAAAUAAUAAACAAGAAACCAAAGAGAGGCGAAUUGCGGCCAGGGGAUCUGUCCCAAUCUCGCUUAUUGGCCACCGCCGCCCCUUCCCCCUUUCCCAUUUGGGGUCUUCCUCCAUCCGAGAGAUUUAAUUCGAACUCUAAAAGAAAGGAGGGCUGUGUUGUCGCACCUUCCGUUUGGAUUUUAGAGACGAAUCCCACCUCAUCAUCAUCCCCUUCCAAAAGGAUGAUGGAUGGAACGACGGCCCCCCAGUAGUUUCGUGUAGAGAAAAAUGAACAUCUCCCACUUCCGUCAGAUUCCUUGCAUAUCAUCCCUUCCUUCCACGUUCCUUCUGGGGAUCUAGUGGUGUAGUCACCGUGACAUGACGCACACCAAGCU